AUGUCAGAUAAUAACAACAAAGAAGAAGACAUUCAAGCAGGAGAUGAAUUCAAGGAUCUAUCACAUACCACUGGUGUACAGAUCAUCGAGAGUCUUUGCAUGAACUGUCACGAAGACGGUAUCACCAAGAUCCUCUUGACAAAGAUCCCUUUCUUCAAGGAGAUCAUUCUCUUGUCGUUUGAAUGCGAGCAUUGUGGUUUCAAGAGUUCCGAAGUACAGAGCGGAGGUGCUAUCGGCGACAAGGGUGUUCACAUCGAGUUUAACAUUACCAAACCACAAGAUUUAAAUAGACAACUUGUAAAGAUGGAUACUGCAACUAUUAGAAUCCCAUCUUUGGACUUUGAGAUUCCAUCGUCUACUCAAAAGGGGUCACUCAACACAAUCGAGGGUUUCUUGAACCAAUCGGUUGUCGGGUUGAACCAAGCAGCCGACAUUAGAAAGGAGGAUGGUGACGAAGAGACAUACAACAGUUUACGUGCAUUUAUCGAACGUUUGGAGAGAGUGAUUCGUGUCGAAGAGCCAUUCAAGCUCAUCGUUGACGAUCCAUCGGGCAACAGCUACAUUGAGAACCCAAUGGCUCCCAAGCAAGACCCUGCACUCACUGUCACCCACUAUAUCAGAAACGCACAACAAAACCUUGAUCUUGGUAUCACCAGACCCGAGGAUGCUAUCAACAACCCAACUGCAUCCGUGCCAUCCUCCUCCUCUGGUAUUGUAGUUGACAACAAGCAAGUGCCAUCGUCAUUACGUCGCGACGGCGAUAACAAUACAAUGGACAGCGAAGAGAUUAUGGAGUUGCCUCAAUCAUGUGUGUUUUGUGGAGAGAUGGGUGCCAUAAAAAUGGUGAUGACCGAUAUCCCAUACUUUAAGAAUGUCGUAUUGAUGGCAUUCUCGUGCGAGAAUUGUGGUUACAAGAGCAACGAAAUCAAGCCUGGAGGCGCCAUUGAACCAUUUGGCAAGCGUCUCACAUUGCGUGUCGAGUCGAUCGAAGAUCUCUCAAGAGACGUGUUAAAGUCAGAGACUGCCAAUGCUGUCUUGCCAGAACUCGAGGUUGAGAUUACCCAUGGUUCUUUGGGUGGUCGUUUCACAACCAUCGAGGGUCUCCUCAAGACCAUCAAGGAAGAGUUGGAAAAGAACCCAUUCUUCCGUGGUGACUCUGCCGAUGCCACCACUCGUGCUCGUUACGAGGAAAUCACAACCACACUCGAGAAAUACAUUGCCGGUGAAAAGCCAUUCACCAUUGAAAUCGAUGAUCCCAUUGCCAACAGCUACAUCCAAUCCCUCUACGCCCCAGACCCAGAUCCCAACCUUGACUGUGUCAUCUAUGAAAGAACCUUUGACCAAAACGAAGAAUUGGGUCUCAACGAUAUCAAUACAAAGGAUUUUGAAACUUUAAAUGUUGAAGAUGAUAAAUCAAAUGUUGAUUAA